AUGGCUGCUUUGGAGAAUAUGGAUGCUGCUAUGCAAGCCACUACAGCAGCAUUUGGGCAACAGAUGAAUCAUGGUAAUGGGAGAAAUGGCGGAAAUGGAAAUCAGGGCUUGAUGACGCUCGUAAUGGAGCGAGAAUUACAAGCGCAACUGGUGCCUAAGGAUCAGUGCAUUGAAUUCGCAACUUAUCAGCAUACGAGGGAAGCACUGCAUUGGUGGCAGGGGAUACGACGCCUGCUACAGCAGGGCGAUGAUCCUAUAUCCUGGGAUGCCUUUCAAGUGGAAUUUUACAAAAAGUACUUUCCGAACUCAGUCGGGACGGCAAAGGAACUUGAAUUACUGCAGCUGAAGCAUGGUGCAAUGGUGCUUCUGGAGACUUUGAGGAGUAGAAGUGCAUUAAGUUUUAAAGAGGACUCUGGAGUGAUAUCCUCAGUGGGACCAAUAGAGAUCAGGACUUUCUCAGAACUUGUGAACAAGAGUCGAGUUGAUGAAGAAUGUGUGAGGAAGGCUGCUAUGGUCGAGAAUGAUCAUCAGGAAUUCCACCACAGGGAGCACAACUAA